UAAUGGCUCUCGUUUCUUAAAACCCUAGAGAAAUGUGUGAGACCAAUAAAGCUCAACCAGUUUGUUCUAAAUUUCCGAUUUGCUAAACUCAUCUGAACAGAGAGCAGAGGAGAGAGAGGAAAGAAAUAGAUGGCAGGGCACAAGAUCGCACACGCAACCUUGAAAGGUCCAAGUGUUGUGAAGGAGUUAGUAAUCGGUCUCGCACUGGGGCUAGCGGCUGGUGGGCUAUGGAAGAUGCAUCACUGGAACGAGCAGAGGAAAACAAGAGCCUUCUAUGAUUUGCUUGAGAGAGGAGAGAUUGGUGUUGUUGUAACAGAGGAGUAGUUACUAGUAGAGAGAGAUUUGAUGAUGACGAUUACCUCAAAUUCUUUCUAGUGUUUUUGCUAUUAAAAAGCCUGCAAUGUAACAUACCAUUUAUUGAUUUGAUAACAUUAUUUGUCAACACCUAUUUAUUUAUCAAAAUAAGAUCCCAAAUAUCUAUGAGUUUA